AUGGCUUCUGGUAAUCAGCAAUUUCCUCCUCAAAAGCAGAAAACGCAGCCCGGAAAAGAGCACGUCAUGGACCCAAUUCCUCAGUUUGUUAGCAAUGACUACACGCCAUCAAAUAAGCUGAAAGGAAAGGUGGCGCUGGUGACCGGAGGCGACUCCGGGAUCGGACGAGCUGUGUGUCACUGCUUUGCGCAGGAGGGUGCAACUGUGGCUUUCACGUAUUUAAAGGCUCAAGAGGACAAAGAUGCACAGGAUACUCUUGAGAUGCUGAGAAAGGCCAAGACCUCGGACGCCAAGGACCCAAUGGCAGUGUCCGCGGAUUUAGGAUUCGAUGAGAAUUGCAAAAGGGUUGUUGAUGAAGUGGUCAACGCCUAUGGAAAGAUAGACAUUCUCGUCAACAAUGCGGCUGAGCAGUACAAAGCAAGCUCGGUUGAAGACAUCGAAGAAGAAAGGCUCGAGAGGGUGUUUAGGACUAACAUUUUCUCCUACUUCUUCGUGACUAGGCAUGCUCUGAAGCAUAUGAAGGAGGGAAGCUCGAUAAUCAACACAACAUCAGUGAAUGCAUACAAAGGAAACGCCAAGCUGCUUGACUACACAUCUACCAAAGGAGCAAUUGUGGCAUUCACCAGAGGACUUGCUCUCCAAAUUGUCGAAAGAGGAAUACGUGUGAACGGAGUGGCGCCAGGACCGAUCUGGACUCCCUUAAUUCCUGCAUCUUUCGACGAAGAGGAGACCGCGAAUUUCGGAUCCCAAGUGCCGAUGAAGAGAGCUGGUCAGCCCAUCGAAGUUGCACCCUGCUUUGUGUUCCUUGCUUGUAACCAUUGCUCAUCUUAUAUAACUGGCCAGGUCCUCCACCCCAAUGGUGGCACUAUAGUGAAUGGCUAA